GGCUGUUUGACCAUUUGGGGUGUGAAGGAGUGGGCUGUGUGGUCAUUGAGGGUAUUUACAGAUCUGGGCCAGCGGUCCACAUUUUGAAGGCAAGAAAGGUGCAGCUGCAGCACCUGACCGUGCAGACCGGGCCAGCUUUCACAACAGUCAGCCGGCCGGAGAGCCGCGGGGCAAGAUGGCCGCCUUCGAGGAGCUGGGCAUCAUGCCGGAGAUCGGCGAGGCCGUCAGCGAGCUGGAGUGGCUGCUCCCGACGGACGUGCAGGCCGAGGCCGUGCCGCUCAUCCUCGGCGGCGGCGACGUGCUCAUGGCCGCCGAGACCGGCUCCGGCAAGACGGGCGCCUUCUGCAUGCCCAUCCUGCAGAUCGUCUGGGAGACGCUGAAGCGACUGCAGGAGGGCGGCAGCAGCGGCGCGGCGGCGCCGGCCCCGGCCGCCGACCCGGGUUGGCGCAUGUCGCUGCGGGACCGCGGAGACCUGCUGGCCGUCACGCCCGACGGCCUGCGCUGCCAGUGCCGCGAGCAGCGCGCCUGGCAUGGCGGCCGCGCCACGCGCGCCCCCUGCCGCGCCGGACGCUGGUACUACGAGGCCACGGUGACGGACGAGGGCCUCUGUCGCGUCGGCUGGUCCACGCGCCAGGCAUCGCUCGAACUGGGCACCGACCGCGGCGGCUACGGCUUCGGCGGCACCGGCAAGAAGUCCAACAACCGCCAGUUCGACGACUACGGCGAGCCUUUCGGCAAGGAUGACGUCAUUGGCUGCUUUUUGGACCUGGACGGCCUGCAGAUCCGCUUCUCCAAGAACGGCAAGGACCUGGGGCCGGCGUUCGAUGUGACGAAGCAGGCGGCCAGCGAGGGUCUCUUCCCCGCCGUCGUGCUCAAGAACGCCGAGAUGGCGUUCAACUUCGGCGACGCGCCGUUCAAGCACCCGCCGGGUGACGGGUACCAGGCGGUGAGCGCUGUCCCGGAGCAGGACACCGUCGCCAACGCCGCGUCGGCCGCGCCCGCCUCCAAGCGCGUGUACGCCAAGAACGCGCCGCAGGCGAUCGUGCUGGAGCCGUCACGGGAGCUGGCUGAGCAGACGCUGCGCCAGAUCCAGCUGUUCAAGAAGCACCUGAAGCCGCCGGCCGUGCGCGAGGCGCUGCUGAUCGGCGGCGUGCCGGCGCGCGAGCAACGCGAGCAGGUGCAGGGCGGCGUGGACAUCGUGGUGGCCACGCCCGGCCGGCUGGAGGACUUCAUCAACAACGGCGACGUGCGCGUGGACGCGUGCCGCUUCCUGGUGCUGGACGAGGCGGACGGCCUGCUGACGCAGGGCCACGAGAAGAUGAUCGGCCGGCUGCACGCGGCCAUCCCGCAGGUGACGCCCGACGGCCACCGGCUGCAGAUGGUCGUCUGCUCCGCCACGCUGCACUCGUUCGAGGUAAAGCGCAUGGCUGACAAGCUGAUGCACUUCCCCACGUGGGUCGACCUCAAGGGCGAGGACGCCGUGCCGGAGACGGUGCACCACGUGCUGUGCAUGGUCGACUCGCGCACGGACGCCUCCUGGGCGGCGCUGGAGCGGCGCGUGCAGACCGACAUGGUGCACGCGCAGGACGCCGUGCGCGCCGGCUCCGGUUCGGCGGAGACGCUCUCCGAGGCGGUGAAGCUGCUCAAGGCCGAGUACUGCCUGCGCGCCAUAGACGUGCACAAGAUGGACCGGGCGCUCAUCUUCUGUCGCACCAAGCUCGACUGCGAUAAUCUGGAGCGCUACCUGAUGCAGCGCGGCGGCGGCCCGCGGCGCGCCGACAACCCCUACUCGUGCGUCUGCCUGCACAGCGACCGCAGCGUGGCCGAGCGUAAGGACAACCUGGAGCGGUUCAAGCGGCAGCAGGUGCGCUUCCUGAUCUGCACGGACGUGGCGGCGCGCGGCCUCGACAUCACCGGCCUGCCGUUCAUGAUCAACGUCACGCUGCCCGACGAGAAGACCAACUACGUGCACCGGAUCGGCCGCGUGGGCCGCGCCGACCGCAUGGGCCUGGCGGUGAGCCUGGUGUCGGCCGUGCCGGAGAAGGUGUGGUACCACGGCUGCCCGUCGCGCGGCAAGAGCUGCAUGGACACGCGACUGACGGAGCGCGGCGGCUGCUGCAUUUGGUACGACGAGCCGCGCCUGCUGGCCGACAUCGAGGACCACCUGGGCGUCACCAUCCCGCAGAUCGGCACGGACCUGCGCGUGCCCGUCAACGAGUUCGACGGCCGCGUGGUGUACGGCGAGCGGCGCCAGGCGGCCGGCUCCGGCUACCAGGACCACGUGCAGCAGAUGGCGUCGUCGGUGCGCGAGCUGGCCUCGUUGGAGACGCAGGCGCAGACUCUCUUCAUCCGGCGUCACCUGCACCGGCUGGCGGCCUGAGCUGCCCGGCAGGCGGCGGUCUGCCCUCUCCCGGACCGGCCUGGGCCCGGCCAGCCCGUGUCCCAGACGGCGAAGACGGUCACGUGGUGCCAACUGCAUGUGCUUCAUGCAGAGUGGUGGGCUUGGUUUUGUUGCUGUUUUGUGUUGUUAAACGCGGCUUGCAGGUCCGGCUGCGCGACACUUUGGGGCUAAUGUGUUCGCGUCAGGCAUAAUGCAUGGCCAUAGAGCAUGGCUGGUUGACUUCA